AUGUUGACAGUGGUCAUCGGAAGAGCUAGCUCUUUUGGCCUGAGAGAUGUUCUCAGGCAAGCGGCGGCCAACAGGAAAGCUUUAGGCAAAGGCCGCUUCGGGACGAGACCAAAUCUGCAGCUGAGAAGGAGUAGCAAGAUUGGCGGCGAUCUUUUCGAGAGGCAAGACAACCUACCAUCUCCCUUUAAGCCCCUUACUUUCGACUCGCACGCCUUGCUCACUACACCGCCGCUUCCCCCUGUCGAUCAUAUUCGGGAUCGCCCUCGAGAUGGUGACUUUUUUGCCGGGUUUACGCCUCCAACUGAGAGAGUCGGGGAAGACUUUAGACCUGAAGGUAUCCCCAGAAGCUCCAGUGCCCCCAGUGUGCCCCUUCUGGCCAUGGAAAGGCGCAAGAGCGAUGCCAGCGAACCGAGCGCCUUGCCUGGCGACAGCUCUGCUGUUGCUGGUACAAGACCAUCAUCCUACCAUCACAACGACGACUCUUUCAACAAUCGUGGCGCUGUCAUCUUUGACGGUUCGGAGCCCCGGGAAUUCACCUCAUCCCCUAAAUCCUCUUCAUUUGUCCAAUCUCAGCACCAGACCAUAGCAGUGUCGCGCCGGGCCACAGUCAAAGCCCGAAACCUUUCCGACCAAAUCCAUACCACACCGCGUCACCAUACGCUGCAUCAAGUAAUUCCCGAUGCCUCUGACCUCUCGUCCUACCUCGGCCCUGAACUGUCUGCUGCUCUCCAGAAGCGUAUGAUGGAGAGCGGGGGCUCCCUAUCUGGAGCUGGUGGCUCGGGAGGCGAAGCUCGGUUGAAGGGCCUGAGCGACAAAGUCUCUCCGAGGGUGGAGCUCGAGGUCACUAGCGGCGGAUUGGGGGGUAGCUCGAUUGCACUCGGGAGCCGGGGAAAACAAAAAGAGCAUGUGACAGAAUCGGAAUGGAGCUUUGAGGUACCAAUUUUGGAGGUCAUGUCACAGGCUAUCAAAGGGAGAUUGGAGCCUCUGGAAGUGAAGGAGCAUUAUCAUUUGGCUGAAUAUGGUUGUCAUAGAGAGAUACCCAAUCCUAUUCUAGAAGAGUCUAUCAAAGUACUCUCGCAACAAGCACAUUCCCGCUCGCAAAACAGUUUUACAGUUGUCCAUCAAGCAACGCCCGACUUUGAUACUCGGAUACUACAUGCCAAUCUCGCUUCCCAUCCUCUAUCAUAUCGGAAAAGCAGCUCUAGCUCUGCCCCGAAUGUUCUCACGACAUUCUCGUUUGCUGCUUUCGCCUCCAUCGCUUUGUCGGCUGCUUCUGUAGAUUUUGCCGUCUGCUCAGCUGGAGAAUUGACAAAACUGCAGGGCGAGAUACCGCCUAGGUCUCUGUACUCGUUUACAAGCCAAGCUGAGGAGAAAGAGAAACAUUCCGGAAAGGAUCUUGUCCGUUUUCUGGAAGCCCGUUCAAUUGAGUUCAGAGCGGGUGGGAUUUUGGUCCUCCCCUUUGUGGCUCGGGUGGGGCAAGAGGUGGACGAACAUGUUCAUAAACAGUCUUUUCCUCCAAGGGCUUCUCCUUGCCGUCUCCCCCCUUCGCUCCCCACAUCUCCCCAUGGCAGCUCAUUCGCGCAUGGCAUCAGCACUCCUCUCACCGAAAUUCGUCCAACAAUAUUCUCUCAUACCCAGCAGCAUGUCACCACACCUCCCGUGCCCCCCUCAAAGCCUGGCGGAAAAAGCUACCUCCCGGACAUGUUUCAGCGAAUGUCACAGGCGCUUUCGCCUGCUGUUCAACGGCUGGUAUCUCUGGGUGAGAUCAGAACACAUGUGGCGCCCACUCUAGUAGAUGUGCCCUAUUGGCCGCGUACUCUAGAGAGCGUGAAGAGCGUGCUCGACAAGAAUAAAGAUUGGGAGAUUCUUCGGGAUGCAGGAGAAGAGGCGGUGGAAGGGCAUUAUCAGAUGGAUGACAGCGAUGUCGCUGAUAUGGAGAUUGACGUAGAUAUGGCCGAUAUCUCUCUUUCGUCGUCUACCUUUCCGACCCACCGUGAGGCUGAAUCGGGAGAAGUCAUUCAGUACUCGAAAAAGGAAAUCAUGGCUUGGGCGAGUGAAGGUGUGAAGAUUCGCAGACUCUGUCACCCGGCCUGGCGGGAGUUCAAGUCUGGGAGGAUCGACAGAGGCGCUUAUGCGCGUAGGAUUGCAAUGUAUACUCACUCAGUUUAUGAACCUCAUCUCAAAAAAGUCCUGCGUGACAAAGGGCGAAUGGACAUCAGCCAUUCAGAAAACACCAUCGAAGAGAUUUUCAAGAUUCUGAUAGAGAAAUGCGAGGUUGGGGCUCUUGAUGCCUUGUCCAUUGACGUGGGGGUGAUAGUCCUACGGCGUAAACCAAGAGAACCGCUUGAUGACUCGCCACGAUAG